AUGGUAAAUAUUGGUUAUAAAGUUACUGCAGUUACUGUGUCUCAUAAUAAUAGUGGUUCAUUUGGUCCUUUUGAAAACACUGGUUCAUUUGGUUCUUAUGAUGGUGGUUUAUUUAAUUCUUAUGGUGAUGGUGGUUCAUUUGGUCUUUAUGGUAAUGGUAGUUUGUUUGGUCCUUAUAGUUAUGAUACUAAUCCUUUUGAUAAUGGUGAUUUGUUUGGUACUUCUGGUGAUGGUAAGAUUGCGGAUGAAAGUAAUAUUAAAAGUGAAUUAGAAAAAAUAAAACGUAGUCGGUAUAUGACAGGAAAGACUUCAAGAUCAAGUUAUUAUGAAAAAUAUGGACCAACCGGUUCAUUUACCAAGACAGCUGUUAAUACUAAAAAAAUUACAAGUUUUUUUAAAUGGUCUAUAGAAAGUGUGAC